GGGAGGCCUCUUCAUAUCUACUCCUCCACCCACCUCCCCUUUUCACACACACACACAACAACAAUUCCCUUACAAUUAGGAAGAUACCUAUUCAUCACUGCUCUUACUGCUAGACUUUUGUCCCUGUGCUUCCUUUACUAGCAGGCUCUUUCCUGAGUGAAAUCCGUGUUCUUGCACUCAGCGGUUUGUUUAGUUGCUUUUGUGUAAUCUCUGUCCAAGAAUUCCAGUCCUGCUGAAGUCCUGACAAUUAAGGCACCAGGGAAGAAAUCAUCUAAAGAAGGAAAAAUUCCAACAGUAAAGAAAGACACUCGACAUGAAAGCUCAUGAGAUGAAUAUUAUUCUCUACUGGAAGCUUCAGCAGACUCGAAAGAGGAGAGGAAGAUAAAGAGCAGGAGGGUGAGGGAGAGAAAAAGAAAUCAAGAAGGAGAAUCCUCAGAAUCUGAGGCUGUGCCCAGUGGAUUCACUGUGCACUGCUCCCUUAAGUACAGCCCAAGCUCCAGACUUCCCCCUCCACCUUUCCCUUGGCUUGGGAGAAAUCCUGAUCCUUGCCAGAUGAGGGAGCACCUACUUAGAGUGUGAAAUCAAUUUCCUUUGGAUGCUGCUGUUCCUUGCCUGUCCUAGGGGAUGCCCCAGUUCACUUUUGCUUGUUUCUGUGGGCUCCAUGGCUUCUGCAACAUGAAGAGAAAAAAGGAAGAGGCUAGUACGGAGCAGGAAACGGCAGUCUGAGAUGAAAAGGCUUCUUCUUGGUGCAUCACCUUAACACAUUCUGUUGAGCGGGAGGAGCACUGUUUCUGCACUUGAGACUUUGCAGGCCCAGAAAAGAAAAGAAAAAUCUUUGCAAAUAGCAAUGUUACUCAAGAUCUAGAAGAUGGCCGGGUAAAACGGCAAUUCUGCAGCAUUUCCGAUUUUGAAUCGUCCUGAGCCUAAGAGAUAGAUGGUCCUGCGGAGAGAACUUUCAUUGCAUCUAUUUAAGGUGAAGAACAUGUUUGUUAGGCAAGCUGGAAGGGUACAAAAAAUGCACAAACUCUAGGAAUGAAGCCAAGGAAAGAACAAUCACUCAGACUCCUUCUUUAACAUCUUCCUGAAGGUCUGCAAGAUGAAAACAUACAAAAUGUACAAAAAUGGUCAGCUCAUCCAACCUGAGUUUCUCUGCUAUGUACUACACAUACACAACUACUGCUGGAAUUUUAAACUGUGAAAUGUGAACUUUUAUAAUCCACUCACUCCGGUAACACUGGCUUUGGCACUUAAAGAUACUUGAACAGUAUGACUAUCAGGUUUAUUACAGGUUAUGUGAUUGCUGCAUUCCAAUAUUACCCAAAGUAGACAUUAUUCUUAAAACAACAACAAAACUGUAUCCACAUAUGUUCUUUUUGCACUGAGGUGGAUAUUAAAUGGCUAUAAGAAGCACUUUGUUUCUACAGCCUCAGCAGGUAAGAGCUUGGGGGUGGGAUGGGCUAGACCAGCACAUACAUGUUUUCUGGCUGCUCAGGAUUGUGUGUAAUCACAAGGUAGUUGUGAAGGAAUUAAACCAGUGCUCACCACCUCUCACUUUACCCCUACCUACAUAGUUCUAAUUGCUGUGCCCAUCUGAUAUGCUCUCUGACCGAAACUUUCAAAAUUCAGUGCUUGCACAAUCAGUUCACUUAUGAACUCAUAAACAGCCUCAAUUUUAAGAGGAUGAUUGUCUGAGCAUUUUCUUGAAAAUUCAAGGUGCUUGAGUGUCAAACUUACCCUCUACCCUUGCCCAGCUAUUUAUUAAAAUCAUAUUCUAUAUUAAUUUCUCUAGCCACAGAAAAUACUGUGUGGGCCAAAUCUUGCCAUAUUUAUGAUUGUAGUCAAUGGACGCUCUGCUCAUUGGCUGCAAUCCUGUACACAUUUAUAUAUGCUGUAUGCAAAACUGUAUGCUGGAUUGAGAAUGUGUCUGAUUUAUGGGAAGUCUGGAUAUCUACACCAUCUAUUUACUGAAUGUACCUGUAGUCAAUCCGCACAGUCACCUCUUAAAACAUGAGUAACCAAAGGGUUAUAUCACUUGUGUAUAUAAGCCACUAAUGAUUCAACUAAAGUCUAGUAUAUAUCUAUAGAUUUAUAUAUUUAUCUUCAUUCAAAUAUAGUCUAGGUUUACUCAGAAGUAGUUAUGCUGGGAUCUAUUUAGUGCACACCAGUUUAUUUUGGAGUGUGCUAUGUUCUCAAAAAAUAUGAUGAAUCUAGACAUGGGACUCAAUAAAACCUAAGGAUCUAACUUCCUGGAUAGAUACACAGUGGACCUAAUAAGCCCUGGAAUGUCUCCUUAACUAUCAGCUACAUAAAAACAGGCCUUGCCACAGGGCUGAGAACUUGCUGAGAGACAUAAGGAGGCAUAGACAUAAGGAGGACAUACAGACAUAAGGAGGAUUCUUUCUUCCUUUGCUUAUACGACUCUAAGCAAGUUCCUCUUCUGGGAACAAUAAUACUGACAGCUUUGGUUAUAACAGUAAUAUUGUAUGUAUGAAGGUGCUAUACAGAAGCUAAGUGUUAUUGAUAAGCACAUGCUUCAGUCCCUCCCUUUGCACAAACCACUUAAAUAGGUAUUUGGUUCAGCUGUAGUCUAUCACAGCCUAAUCCUCUGCAUGGUUACCUGGAAUAAGUCUCCCCGAGUUCAGUGGGACUUAUUCUCAAGAAAGUGAGCAUAGGGUUGCAACCUCAGUCAGUGACAGCCCAAGACAUCUUUGUGCCUGAGGCAAGGCAAAAAAUGCUGCCCCUUUUCCUUUUUUAAAGCUGUGAUGUGGAGGUUAGGUAAGGUGGUGGAGGACAGCAGAGGGCAUCUUGCCCCAAUAAUGUGCUCCAUGAGGUGACUACCUCAAUUCACCUCCACCCCUGGCCUCAUUGUUGAUUGUGCAAUGUUGAAGAGGGAUGGAAUUAAGCAUGCUUCCAAGCUGGUUUCUAGAUCAGGGCCUAAUUAUAGCAGACCAUAUUAACAGCUACUGUAACUCCAUUGGAUGUUCAAAACUCUUGCAUUUAAAGGCACAGGCAUGUCCUUGCAGCCUAUGUUUCUUGUCAUUCAAGAGCUGAGAAACAAGGUAUUGAGCCUCUCUAAACAGCCAUUUUCAGGUAGCCACCUGUAUUCAUUUAGUAGAUUAGGACUAGGAACCUGACACAUCUGGCCCAUAUUUUUUGGGGAAUAUCACAGGGGAACGCUAUAACCCUGGAUACCAGAAUUGGUAGGAAAUAUGGUAUUUAGAGAGACUGAAAGAGCAGAUGAAGGCAUUGUCAAAGCAACGACAGCAAUGUGAGAAGCAAAGAAGGGUGGUGGUUCAUAGGAUAGAUAAGCUGUGCCAGAAACGUAACUUUGCUUUGGCCUUGAUGCUUUUGGAAAGCUGUUCCUCUGAAGUGUUUAUGCUUCCAUAUGAUUACAUCUUAUUCCAAAGGAUGUCCUGUUUCAGAAACAACUUCCAGUGGGGUGGCUGUCUUAGUCUGUUGCAACAGCCAAGAGGCUUGUGCCACCAUAAAGACCUAACACAUUUAUUGUCGUUCUCGUCCACUAGUUCUGUUGUGAACUGUCACUGUGCUUAUCUUAUACAUUUAAGCUUCAUAAACAAUACAUCUUGUAUUUCACAGCCAUUUGACCUCGCUAUAAACAAAGUUGUUGCUUUUUCAUUUUCCUCCAUACCUAUGUGUACUAUGCCUGCCGGGAGUGAGCAUAACACUCCCUGCAUCUGGUGAAAUAGACUGUAGUACAUGAAAGUUUAUGCAGGAAUAAACUGGUUACUCUUUGAGGUAGUAUAAGGUACUUAGUUGUUUUGGAAACUUCCUUCUGUUAUCAUCAUAAGUAGGGACUGGAAUGAGACUUGUUUUAAAUCAUCACUGGUAUCCCUGUCUCCUGUUUCCCUACUGUGACACACUUGACAACUUUUAGAGCCAAUAGGAGCACAUGGUGUGAUAUAAUUAACAAGAGACAAGCAGCUGGGGCAUACCAGGACAGAUCUUGCAGCUGGAAGAAGGAUGUCUUAAGGAUGUUACUCACAUAGCCUCCAAAGUUCCACUCUGCUGCAGAAGAUUUCUGUAGAUCUCAUUGCAUGGAAAAUUUUGCACCCAUCUUGAAGACUGAUAAUCUUCCAUGUUUUGUUUUGUUGGCUCACACUGUAUUUUUAAAUCUAAAAUGUCUCUUCAGGCUUGAUUUCAUGGGGGAAAUCCUUGACACAAUGGCAUGUGAAAAUAGAUGUUAUGGUGGCUAUUUUUAGAUCUCAUAAAUGAGCCUAUUGUGCAAAAAGUCCUUGCUUUGCUAUGCCACACUGGUUAGUCUAAUCUGGAUUUCCAGUUCUUGGCAGUAAGGAAAUGGGAAUCAUAGUUGCAUCUGAGGGCUGGGGAAUACCAUGGUAGAAUACAUCCCUGAUGCAAGCUACAUUUGUUGCCAUUUGUUCUCUGGAUUCCAUCACAUAGGAACCUAAAUAGAAAUGUUCCUCAGGAGUCUUCCAGCCUCAGUAGCCAUAGAAACCAGCUAUUUUUAUCUAUUUUGCAUGAUAUCAAUAGAUGACUUUUUCUACAUUGGAUAGAUAGUUCAACCCAGCUUCCAGCUAACUGGAUGUCCUUAAUAAGGCCAUGCAUUUAUGUUGUAUAAUGUUGUACAUCUAAGACAAAACAUUAAAUGAAUUUAUAAGCAUGCAAUGAAAUCUGCUAAGUAGAUUGUUCACAUGCUAUUGUAUACCCUUUCAGAGAAACAAAUAUUUGUGAGAAUUUUUAGAAUAAGCAAUUUAUAGUAUUGAUUGUAAAAAAUAUGUUCCAAGAUGCAGGUAGUAUUGGCCAGGUUUCUUUGGUAUAUAAGGUUUCUUCUUCCCUAGGAUAACUUUAUCAGUGUUUUCUUAAUUUUAAAUUAAAACUUGUAAGAGAAUACAAUUGUAAAAGGAAAGAAAACUAGCCAACAAUAGAUGUUUGGGAUUAUGUCUGUUUUUGCAGCCUAAAGAAGGCUUUUACAAAGCUGGAUAUCAGAAUUGUAUGGUUAAUUACCAAGUGCACUUCAAAAAAGGAAUAACUAUAAAUGGAAGGCAGGAUGGUUCCCUUAGCACAGGGUUUCCCAGCUUUGAGUCCCCAGAUGCUGGACUACAGUUUCCAUAAUCCCCUUCAGCAUUGUGACUAGGGAUGACAGGAGUUGUAGUCCAACAAUAUUUGGGGACCCAAGAUUGGGAACCUCUGCCCUAGUGAGUUCUUCAAGCUACUAAUAUUUUCUAGGAUUCAUACAUUCAUAACCACACAAUAUGAUGGUUAUAGUAAAUCUGCCAUAUCUGUGUGGAGUAUUAACUAGUAACCAAAUUUGUUUACAUUGCAGGAUUGAAAGCAUUGUCUCUAUGUAACAGAUUUAUUUUAAAUUAAAAUCCUAUAUGUUAGAAACUCUUUUGUCAGAACUUUGGUUGGCCCAAACUCCGGGUAAUCCGGAUUCACUGUGUAUCUUCUACUGAGGCUCCAGAAUAUUGUAUCCCUCUGGAAAUGCUACUUCCAUUUACUCCUGGUGAUCCGGAUUCACUGUGUAUCUUCUACUGAGGCUCCGGAACAUUGAUUGUAUCCCUCUGGAAAUGCUACUUCCAUUUACCUAUUUAUUCAAAUGCUUCGGGUGAUUCUGUCCAUUUAAACAAAUAAAGUUGUGCAGUACUGCAUAGGUGCAUUUGAGCUGCUCGAUCACCAAGGCUCUCAAGCUCUAAAACCAUAUGAAGCUAGUGCUAAGAAAAAAUAUUAUUAGAUAAAUGGUGCUAAACAAACUAACCUUCAUGGACUAUAUGUGAUGCUAUUAGAGACAUACAUAUCAAGUGAAGUUCAUCAGUAUAUUGCUAAGAGCUAUGGAGAUCACCUUGCCAAACUGAAUCAAGAGUUGUACAUGGUCUGGAUUCACACAGAGGAGCUCUAUUGACUUAGGAACACAGAGGAGUCCUAUUGACUUAGGAAGCCUGCUGAGUUGGUCCUAUACAUUCCAGCUCUUCUCAGUACUGAUGGUGCAGACCAUAUUACAAUCAGAUCAGUAAAACUCUCACGGCACAGCUGGUUUUCUUUUAGCACUCAACAGACGGAUAUCUUUGGGUUGUAUGUAUUUGAAACUCAGUGACUUCUUCUGCAACAAGGUGGUUUACAAGGUUGUAUUAUAAAUUAUAGAUGCCUAUCAUGCCUAUAUCUUUCACUAAAAUACCUGCCUAUUGAUUGGCCUCCUAACAGAUCAAUUUCCCUUUCUACCCAAUCCCUGAUUUAAAAACAGCUAAAUCGCUUGCCUUCUGUUCUUUCUUUUGUUUUUGUUGUUUUUAAUCUAUGCACUUGAAGUAAGCAUUUUCUUGCUCUGUGAAAGCAUGCUUAGAAGAGCAGAUAUGUUAACUGCUGUAAUAAACAGAUUUUAUUAUUACAUCUCAA